AGGCAGGAAAAUCAAAAUCCUGCAAGUUGAGUCUCUCUCUCUCUCUUCCCCCUGAAAGAGUAAGAGCUCUAUCUCACAGACAAACACAGGCAUCAAUGGCGUCUGCACGUGAGGAGAACGUCUACAUGGCGAAGCUUGCGGAGCAGGCGGAAAGGUACGAGGAGAUGGUGGAGUUUAUGGAGAAGGUGGUGGCCGCCGCGGAGGGCGCCGAGGAGCUCACUGUGGAGGAGCGCAACCUUCUGUCGGUUGCGUACAAGAACGUGAUCGGCGCUCGCCGUGCCUCGUGGCGCAUCAUCUCGUCCAUUGAGCAGAAGGAGGAGAGCCGCGGCAACGAGGACCACGUGGCCUCCAUCAAGGAAUACAGAUCUAAGAUCGAGUCAGAGCUGACCUCGAUCUGCAACGGCAUCCUCAAGCUCCUCGACUCCAAGCUCAUCGGCGCCGCUACCUCCGGAGAUUCGAAGGUCUUCUAUUUGAAAAUGAAAGGUGACUACCACCGCUACUUGGCUGAGUUCAAAACCGGAGCCGAGAGAAAAGAGGCCGCCGAGAACACUCUCUCCGCUUACAAGUCUGCUCAGGAAAUUGCCAAUGGGGAACUUGCUCCUACACAUCCGAUUCGUCUUGGCCUCGCUCUCAACUUCUCUGUAUUUUACUAUGAGAUCUUGAAUUCCCCCGACCGUGCUUGCAAUCUCGCCAAGCAGGCCUUUGAUGAGGCAAUUGCCGAGCUGGACACCCUGGGAGAGGAAUCCUACAAGGAUAGCACUCUGAUUAUGCAGCUUCUUCGUGAUAACCUCACUCUGUGGACAUCAGACAUGCAGGAUGAUGGAGCUGAUGAGAUCAAGGAAGCAUCAAAGCCAGACAAUGAGUAAAGUCAGUGAAGUUCCUAACCUAGGGAGGAUUCGAAGUGCCUUGUUAUAGCUUUGCUGCCAGGUUGACAUCCUGCUUUCUAGUGCUAGGUUUUCCAAUGAUUUGCAAUAUUUGAAGGAACACUGUUUCUUGUUAUUUGAUGUUUCUGGGCCUUGGUUCCUUGUAUUUUUUUAAACUUUGGUUUCGUCAUUUGGAUGCUUUCCUUUUCCUCAAAGGAAUGAUGCAUUAAGAUGUUAUUAUAUCUUGCCUUAAUUUCGCCAA